AUGGACAGGAACAUUCUUGAUGCUGCUAGUGGUGGAGCAUUAGUCGAUAAAACUCCAGCUGCUGCCAAAGCCCUUAUUGAAAAUAUGUCUCUUAAUUCUCAACAGUUCACCACUAGAGACAAUUUUGUGCAAAGCAAAGGCGUUCCUAAGUAUGCAAAGUUUCUGAAAGAUUUGUGUACCAACAAGAGGAGGAUUAAGGGAAGUGAAAGAGUAAACUUAGGACGAAAUAUUUCUGCCUUUAUUCAGCCCAAACAAUCAUCCAAACAGAUUGUAGGCGAGCAAAAUGUUUCAACCCUCACUACUCAGCAUACAGGUUUAAUCAUUCAAUUGGCAAACAGGAGCAACACUCGACCCGCCGGGGUAGUCGAAGAUGUUCUUGUUCAAGUUAACGAUUUGAUUUUUUCUACAGAUUUCUAUAUUCUAGACAUGGAAGGAGAAACCAAGACAAUUGAUGACGCUAGUUCUGAACUAUUUGCGCUUGAUCUUCCAUCUCUCUCUGGUUUUGAUGAUAUUUAUUCAUGUUCUAAUUGUACUGACACUAACGUUUGUGUUGUAUGUGCUGAGAUUGAUGCUGCCUUGCAGGCUGAUACAUUUCCUACAGGUGAAGUUGUUACCAAUAAACCUGUUUUUGUAGUUGAUGCUCUUGACAUCCCGGCUGCCCCAAGCAUUCCAUCCACCGAGCAGCCCUCGUCCUUAGAGCUAAAAGACCUCCCUGAGAACCUGAAAUAUGCUUACUUGGAGAGUUAUUUUCAGAUUCAUAUUGCACCGGAGGAUCAAGAGAAGACGACUUUUACUUAUCCUUUCGAAAGAUUUAUCGAGACUAACCUUGUUUUGAAUUAUGAAAAAUGUCAUUUUAUGGUUGAGCAGGGAAUUGUUCUUGGUCACAUUAUUUCUGAAAAAGGAAUUUCUGUUGACCCUGCUAAGAUUGAUAAUGACGUCACUUUCAGCUUCGGUGACAAGUGCAAACAAGCAUUUGACUUCUUGAAGAAAGCAUUGACUUCCGCUCCCAUAAUCCAUCCCCCUGACUGGACCCUCCUAUUUGAGCUUAUGCGUGAUGCUUCUAAUUAUGUUGUUGGGGCUGUCCUUGCACAAAGAGUUGACAAGGUUGCCCAUGUUAUUUACUAUGCUUCUAGGACUUUAGAUUCUGCACAGUCAAAUUACACUACCACUGAAAAAGAACUGCUAGCUAUUGUUUUUGCUCUUGAUAAAUUCAGAUCUUAUUUGCUAGGUUCCAAGGUUGUUUUUUUUACUGACCAUGCAACUUUAAAGUACUUGCUGAAGAAGCCGGAUGCAAAACCGAGAUUUAUUCGAUGGAUGUUGUUACUCCAAGAGUUUAAUGUUGAGAUUAAAGACAAAAGUGGAGUUGAGAACUUAGUGGAUGAUCACUUGAGCAGGAUAGAGAGAAAUGAAGAUCCUUUUCCUAUUCAGGAUGACUUUCCUGAUGAGCAGUUGUUUCUUUUGCAUGGGAUUACACUUUGGUUUGCUGCCAUUGUUAAUUUUCUUGUUGCUGGUGUUUUUCCUACAGGUGCAUCGAGAUCACAGGUUCAUAAACUCAAGAGUGAUGCCAAAUAUUAUGUUUGGGAUGAUCCAUAUCUAUGGAAGUUUGGUAGUGAUCAGGUAAUCAGGAGAUGUGUCCCCGAUAAUGAGAUUGAAUCUAUUUUGAAUUUUUCUCAUGCAUCUCAAGUCGGCGGACACUUUGGUCCUUAA